CUAGUACUUCCCGCUGAAAUAAACUUAGUGCAGCCUCCUUCCUUCCUUCUAACUCUUACUCAUCCCGUCUCCAAGCCGAAUCUAAAUCCCUAAUUAGGCGAAUCUUCUUCUCCUGCCCAUUCAAUUCCACGAACUCCCCUGCCUCCAAGCCGCCAACCGUUGUCCGUCGGCAAGGAUACCUGUGUUUAGGCCUCUGGAGUUGCCAGCCGCCACCACAACACUCUAGCAGUCUAGCACCGCACCUCCGCACGUCCAGCACCGCACCUCCGCACAUCCAGCAUGCACCCGUAUGCACGCUAACGACAGUCAGACAACACUCAUCAAGGCAGCUCACGUCCUCAGCCUCGCAGGUCAUUCUGUUACUGAUUUGAUUUCAAAUACCACUUCAAGUCCCUCUGUUAAACUUGACUCUGAAACGAUUGUGUAAUACGUAUUGACAGCUUGAGGAGCAAAGUGAACCUAAAGUCCAUUAUCAGUUCAAUCAAAGAAUAGAGAAGUACAUAACAGUAUGUGCUUUCUAUGGGGGCACCCUGAUGCUUACAAUUUUUAUGGGGGCACCCUGAUGCUUACUAUUUUUAUGGGGGCACCCUGAUGCUUAUUAUUUUUAUGGGGGCACCCUGAUGCUUAUUAUUUUUAUGGGGGCACCCUGAUGCUUAUUAUUUUUAUGGGGACAUCCCGAUGCUUACUAUUUUUAUUGGGGCACCCAGAUGCUUAAAGGUUGUGAUGGGGGCACCCUGAUGCUUAGUUUUUGUGAUGGGGGCACCCUAAUGCUGUAUUAUGAUUUUUUAUAUUUGUUGCUCGGGUUUUAUUUAAAAUUUGAUUUAUUACAUUUUAGUUAUAGUCACAAAAAAUAGUCACAUAAUAAAACUACUAAAAACACUCGGUAUAGCCCAUUUGAGUUCCCAUUAUCAAUUAAACAUAAGUUUUAAAAUAAUAAUUUGCUUAAUGUGAUUACAUAGAUACAAGAAUGAGUUUUACAAAUAGAAACUGGAUGUAUCAAAGGAAAGAUGAAGGCGGGUAUCUUACUAAAGUAUUCAUCAAAGGAGUUGAUAUGUUCGUUAACUUUGCAAAGAGUAUGCCAGACUUCAUGGAUGGAAACAAAAUUAGGUGUCCAUGCACAAAAUGUCAUAAUCGGCAAUACCAAGAAGUUGACAUCGUGAAAUUGCAUUUGGUGAAAUACGGUUUUGUUCCAAAUUAUUUUUUGUGGAAUAGACAAGGUGAAACAUUGAGUGAUAGUAGUCCAACUAGGGAUCAUGCUUUCGAGAAUCAGAACUUUGGUUUUGAAGGUAUGCCCUCAUUUUCUUAUCGGCAAAUGGUCCUUGAUGCUGCUGGUCCAGACUUUAUCCCAACAAGGAUUAUGGAUGAAGAGCCAAAUGCAGAAGAUAAAAAAUUCUUUGACAUGCUAGAAGCUACUGAUAAACCAUUAUGGCCUGGUUGUGAAAACUUGUCACAACUAUCCAUUGUAUCCCGUUUAUUGAAUAUUAAGUCAGAGUUUCGUCUAUCUGAGCAAUGCUUUGAUGCAAUUUGUCAACUCUUUAAGGAUGCAUUACCAGAAGACAAUUAUAUGGUUAAUAGCUUUUAUGAUAUGAAGAAGUUAGUACAUGGCCUUGGACUUCCGGUGGAGAAAAUUGAUUGUUGCAGUUCAGGGUGUAUGUUGUAUUGGGGUGAAAAUAAAGACUUGACUGAAUGCAAAGUUUGUCAACACCCUAGAUACAAGACAUCUGUGGAUUCAGCUAAGCAAUCGCGUGUACCUUACAAGCGAAUGCAUUAUUUGCCACUAACUCCAAGGCUAAAACGACUCUAUGCUUCACAAAAGACUGCUCCUUUUAUGAGAUGGCAUGCCGAGGAACAUGGACAUGGUAUAGGAGAAAUGUGUCAUCCUUCUGAUUCUGAAGUUUGGAAAGAUUUUAAUGUUAGUCAUCCUUUUUUUGCAGCUGAAAGUCGUAAUGUUAGGUUGGGUUUAUGUACAGAUGGGUUUCAACCCUUUGGACAAUCUGGACAACAAUAUUCUUGUUGGCCUAUCAUGGUUACACCGUAUAAUUUGCCUCCAUCAAUGUGUAUGAAAGAUCCUUAUAUGUUUCUGAGUGUAAUAGUUCCUGGACCCGAUAAUCCUAAACAUAAGUUGGAUGUCUUUCUUCAAUCUCUUAUUUCUGAACUAAAGAAUUUAUGGGAAGAAGGCAUUCUUACAUAUGAUGUGUCUUUGAAGCAAAAUUUUCAAAUGAGAGCAGCUUUAUUGUGGACGAUAAGUGAUUUUCCUGCAUAUUCUAUGCUUUCCGGUUGGGGAACAUCAGGGAGAACUGCGUGUCCUCAUUGUAUGGAAGAUUCUCAAGCAUUUUAUCUUCCCAAUGGAAAGAAAAUGUCUUGGUUUGACAACCAUAUAAAGUUCCUUCCUCUUGAUCAUCCAUUUCGACGAAACAAAAGUAAGUUCACAAGAAAUCGUGUUGAAAUGAGGCCUCCUCCUCCUAUUAAGAGUGGGAGACAAAUUUUGCAAGAAAUUGACGAAUUCGGAUUGUUGAAUGUUGUAGAAGAUGAUGCUGAGGAAGUGAACAAGGAAUGCAGCAGUAUUUGUGGAUGGAGAAAACGGAGCAUCUUUUGGGAUUUGCCAUAUUGGAAAACUAAUCUCAUUCGACAUAAUCUUGAUAUCAUGCAUAUUGAGAAAAAUUUCUUUGAGAAUGUGUUUAACACCGUAAUGAAUAUAAAGGGAAAGACAAAAGAUAAUGCGCAAGCAAGGGAGGAUAUGAAACUCUUCUGUAAUAGAAAGGAGUUACAAAGGAACCCCCUUACAGAUAAGUACCCUAAAGCAUGUUAUUCAUUAGACGAUAAUCAAAAGAAGGUCAUAUGCGAAUGGGUAAAGAGUUUGAAGUUCCCAGAUGGGUAUGUUUCAAAUCUUGGAAGAUGUGUUGAUAUGAGCAAGCAUAAAUUGUUCGGCAUGAAGAGUCAUGAUUGUCAUGUUUUUAUGCAAAGGCUAAUGCCAAUUGCUUUUCGAGAGAUGUUGCCAGUUAAGGUAUGGGAAGCACUAACUGAGCUCAGUCUUUUCUUCAAGAACUUAACUGCAACAACAAUUAAAGUUGAUGACAUGGCUAGAUUAGAAGCCGAAAUUCCACUAAUUCUUUGUAAGCUGGAGAGUCUACUUGUGCCUGGGUUUUUUAACCCGAUGGAGCAUCUACCCGUGCAUUUGCCUUAUGAAGCUAAGAUCGGUGGCCCAGCACAAUACCGAUGGAUGUAUCGUUUCGAAAGGUAAAAUUUAUGAUGCUUGAUAAAAACAUUAAUUCCCCAUUCUGUUUUAAUAGCUAAGAUGUUAAUUUCUUUUUAGAUAUCUGCAUGAGUUGAAAAAGGAUGUGAAAAAUAAAGCUAAAUUAGGGUAAUGAUAUAUAUACAUAGAGGAACAGAUUUUUGUUGUGAUUGGAGCUGAUUAUAUUAGGUAAUGACUAAGUUAGACAGGAGUAGCUGUUACAGCAACAUGGACAGAGUUCAAAUGAACACUUAAUAAUUAAAAGUUUCUGAAUUAAUUAAUUAACUAAUGACUAAAUAAACUGUACACGUUGAAUCAUAUCUUUUGAUUUAACCAUAGUUUGUUUGUCAUUAAUGAUUCCUACUCAUUCCUUUACGCACAUUAUAGUCACCAAAAGAAUAGCACUAUCAAUUUUUAUUGCUAGCAGUUACCACUACUUAUCAUUGAGGCUGAAUCGUUGAUAUAACUCAUUAAGGCAGCAAGUUGGAGACCUCUAGUGACUUCUAUGUUUCCAAUUUUGUCAACAAAAUGAGAGCUCAUGAUGCCAUCAUUAUCACAAUAUCACAUAUGGGUUUACACUCUCCAUCACAUCAUACAUUCUAAUUUCCAGUUACCACUUACCUAACCAAAAAAAUAUACAGAUCAAAAAACACCCAGGCCACACUAGAAAAUAAGAACUUUGUGGAAAUUUAUUAAUCCGGGACAUGAAUGAUUGGCUAACUCUAAAUCAAGAACCUUAGAGAUAAAAAUUAUCGACAUAGGACUCGAAUGACUGAGAGCUAUCAAUUUAAGACCUCAUUUAUAAAUAGAUUUUGAUUUUAUCAUAUUGUCAUCUCUUGAACUUGCAAAAUAUAUUUGCUAGGUGGCUCGGUAUUUUGUGACUUUAAAUGGCAGCAUAUAAACACAAAAUGUAGUCAUUUUUUGCAGGAAAAUGUCUAAGUUGCCGCCAUCUGGUCAAGGACUAACCAAACGUAAGCGACCAGCAACUCUAGUGCCUAGAUUUGUGAGUCGUGUGCCAUCACCAUCUACUCAAUUAUUUGGUUCCUCGUCAGCUACUCCACCAUCAUCCACUCCAUCACUUGGUUCAUCGCAAACUACUCCCCAAGUUGGCUCAUCGUCUACCAGUCCACCACGUGAUUUAUCACAAUCGACUCCAUCACCCAAUACCUCCACUCAUGCCGGUACUGAUACAACUGUCUCAAAUAAUAAUUCAGAGCAACCACUACAUGUUAUUGGGUCUAUAGGAUCAAAUGGUCGUUUGUGCAUUGGAGUUAAAAAAAAAGCAAUUACUUCCUUCAGAAGAAUGUUCCCGAAAGAUUACUUCUCUUUUCAAGGAAAGGGUUGAUCCUCAUGGUUACUCUUGGGCUAACUUAAGUGAAGAUAUAAUAAAGUUUUAUUGGGAUGAGUUUAAGAAGCACUGCUAUUGGAAUCCUAUAAUAGAAUCUUCAAUAAAGGCAGCGUGGACUUCAAAAGCUAAACAAAGAUAUUCCAAUUAUCUCAGUAAUAUGAGAACAGGAAGGUGUGAGAGGAAUUCAUCAAUCACUCAAGAAGUUUGGGACAGUUGGAUGAGUAUGUGGAGUAGUGAAGAAUAUCAGAAGAAAUCUAACCAAAGCAAAAAAAAUAGGCGUCAAGGUGAAUUAGAGAAGCCUGCCCCCUCUACUCAUACUAGUGGGGCCAUAUCUCAUGCCAAAGUUGCUAGUGAAAUUGAAAAGAACUCCCAAACUACAGUGACAAGUUAUCAGGUUUUUGUGUAUACACAUACAAAGAAUCACGAUGGAGAGACUUUUAUAAAUGAUCAGGCUAAAGAAGUGAAUGAGGAAUUUGUUUCACGUCGUGAGGAGCUAAUUGAUAUUGGUGAUGAAGUGGAUGAUGAUGAGCUGUUCUAUGAUGUUGUUGGUGGACCUGACUCAAAGAACAGAUUGUAUGGAGUUGGCUCAUAUGGUACACAAAAUAUUCAUAGUAAAGCUUCAGAGUAUUCUUCUGAGAUGGACACUUCAUCAUCACAAUCUACUAGUGCUGAAGUUAAUCAUUUGAAAGCUGAGGUGGAACGUUUGCAAAAAACUGUGGAACAACAGAAGGAAUUUCAACAACAAGCGGGACAAAAGCAACAGAAAACGGAUGAUGUCAUCCGUGCUUUACAAGAACAAAUUGAAACUUUAGUUCGUAAUAGAUAGAGUUCUUUUUAAGAUGAUAGUCGGUUUUAAUUAGUCAUUUGAUUAGUAGUAUUCUUAAAGACGUAUUCAUUAUUUGAGACAUUACUAUUGUUACUAGAAGGUCAAAGAGCCUAUUCUUUAUAGUUUAGAAUUUUUUUUAUUAUUUGAGACAAUAUUAAUGAUAUUCAUCGUUGUUAUGACAUAGUUGUACUGUUGUAUGGUUUAAGAAUAUUAAUUUAUGUUGCCCGCAAAAAA